GAUGAUGAUGCGUGUGUGUGCGUAUUUGAUGGUAAGAGUGAUGAGAUGGUACACGCUCCCGGCAGCAUCAUGACCAUCAAAUGAGUUGGCUACGUAGCAUUCUACAGAGCGUGAUAUAAGACCUGAGACCCCACCUACGCCUCAGUUUCUGAUUGGCGUUACGCAGGUUUCCAGCUAUUAUUUAUUACACCAGAGCUUGGACGCCUCAUUUAUUCUGAGCGGACCUCACUGCAGGAUCUAUCCGUCCCAGCUUUACUCACCAAGGCGCACGGAGCUGACUCGUUCACUAAGUUAUCUGCUCAAAGGAAACAAGAUCUUGCUGAAAAAAUGAGGAGAUGUUUUCUGCUGGUGUCUCUGUUCCUCAUCAUGAAACUUCGAUACAGCCUGUCCAGAUGCGAAGAGGAGCCCGGAAUGCGCAGAUCAGCCUCAGAUCAAACUACAGGUUUGGGCAACCUCAAGCGGACUAUUCUGAAGAGGUACAGCGAUUUGGAUUAUGACAGCUUUGUGGGUCUGAUGGGAAGAAGAAAUGUCGACGAAAGUGAUAUACCACCACCACAAAAAAGGGAAAUGCACGACAUCUUUGUUGGUCUAAUGGGAAGGAGAAACUCAGAGCCUGAUAAUGGUCCAUGGAGGAGAGAGUAUCCAGAAAGGAGAGGCAUCUUUCUCAACAAGUGCAGGCUGAGGUUUCUCCAGGGACUGUAGACGUUCAUGCUGAAGCAGCCUUCUCAUCUUACAACAAGACACAGGAUCACAAAGAAUUCACUCAAUGAAGUAAAUAUCUGAUGAAAACAACGUAAAGACAUGAUUCACACUGUAAACCUGCUUCUACAUGAAGGCAUUCUCAUAAUCUACUCAGAUUGUACUUGUUUUAUCUGAAGACAAAAAUGAUUAGAGGUGAUAACACACCUGCUUUUUCUUUAUCAUGUUAUUCAUUUUCUUCAAAGUUGAAAAUAAACAUAAUUUUUAUACAUAAUUUAUUCAUGUAAAAUGUCUUGCCGUUUUCCUGCAGCUAUUUAUGUUUAUUCUUCAAGCUCAGCUUCAGUGCAGACAGAUAAAUGUUCAAGCACACCUGCUACAGUGUUCACUGCUGGGAUUCAUAAAGUGACUUGACAAGAGGGAUUCAUUUGAGCUUUGUAUAAUGCUGUGUUCAUCAAAAGCUACAAUGAUCUUUAGCAGAAGCACAAGGAGUUUCAAAAACAGAGAUUCUCAUAUCAUCUAAAGUAAAAAGAAAACACUUUUCUGCAACAGCUGCUGCUCCUUUUGAACUAAAACAAACUCAAAUCUCUGUUGGCUAAUAAUGUAAUGUCAAUACUGACUGAGAGCAUUCAAAGAAAAUUAACAAAAACAAGGCUUAAGAAAGGUCACACUUGUUACAGAUUAAAACCUUUAAAAAUCAA